CAGAUUAUGUUAGGUAUAUUUAUAUGACACAUUUAAUAUUAUUGACAUGAUUUACUUCAUUUACUUAUUUAAUAAAACAAAAUAAAUAAUCAGUUAUUAAUCAAAUUCGAUUUUGAAUAAGUGUAAUUAGUUAAAAAUAUAUCUGUAUAUAGCUUUAUAUUCAUUAGUUUCCGUAUACUAGAGUGGGAACAAUAUUCGGUGAAUUCCCCAUUUAUCUCGUUCUGUGUGCGCUUAAAGUGAUAUACUUUGAUUAGUUCAUUUUUAUAGAAAGUUUAUUUUAGUGAUAUAUUAGUGUGAUUAGUGUUAGAAACGGAUUAGUGAAUAUUUUAAUAACUGCGAUAUUUCAAUUUUAAUGACAUGGAUGAUCAGGACUUUCGAGCUCGUCCAUACCAAGUGGACCUGUUGCAAAUUGCUAUACAAAGAAAUACGAUUGUAUUUUUACCUACCGGGUCUGGGAAAACGUUUAUCGCAUUGCAAAUGCUGAAAUAUUUAUCUAGUGAAUUGGAAAAGAGUCUUGACAGUGGAGGUAAGAGAAGUAUAUUUUUAGUAAAUACAGUGCCUCUCGUUGAGCAGCAAGCAAAAUUUAUUAAAAGCCAGACGUUUAUAAAGAAUGUUGGGGAAUAUACUGGUGCAAAAAAUGUGGAUAAUUGGACUAGAGAAAAAUGGCUCAAUGAGUUUAACCAGCAUAAGGUACUCGUGAUGACAACUCAAAUAUUAGUUGAUGUACUCAAUCAUGGUUAUUUGUCAUUAAGUAAUAUAAAUUUAAUUAUAAUGGAUGAAUGUCAUCAUACAAUAAAAGAACAUCCAAUGCGUCAGCUCAUGUUGUUUUAUAAGAAUCGUAGAGAUGAAAACAUAAGUUUACGAAUUUUGGGGUUGACAGCAUCUUUAAUAAAUUCAAAUUGUAAACCUCAUAACGUGGAAAUAGAAAUAAAUACUUUAGAAACCUCAAUGGGAUCCACUAUAGCAACUAUUGAUAAUAUGGAAAGUGUAUUGGGAUUUUCAGCAAAUCCAAGAGAACGAAUAGUAUUUUAUGAUAAUCAAAAAACACCACAAAUAAUAACAGAUUUGAUAAGUGAAUUGAGUGUUACUACAGACAAAUUUGCCAUAUUACAACAUGGGAAAGUUAUUCCAGAGCAUGAAUCUAUGGUGUACAUGAGAGGAGGAUGUAAAGAUGCUCGAAAAACAGUAUGCAAUAUGAUUAGAGAUUUUAUUGAAGAUAUGAUAACCCUGGGGCCAUUUGGUGCCCAUGAAUCUGUUAAAAUUCGUCAUUUAGAAGUAGAACAAAUGAAGAGGGUAGCAUCAAACAGACAAGAUGCUAUGUUAUAUUCUCAAUUAAUUACUGUGUUUAUGUAUGUAAAAAAAAAAUUAAGAGCGUAUAUGGAGUCACAAGGUGCUGUAGAACAGAUUUAUCAAAAUUCUACUCCCAAAGUAUUGAAAUUAAUUGAGGUUAUUAAAGAGUAUUCUCCUAAACAAAAUAAUAAGAAGCUUCCCCUAAAGGCAAUAAUUUUUGUACAAAGGAGAUUUACGGCAAAUAUGCUUUAUCAAAUUUUCAAAGCAUUAUCUAGAGAGUGCAACGAUUUUAAUUUUAUUCAACCAGAAUUUGUAAUUGGUAUGUCCAACAGAGGAAUGAUUCAGGGAAUAGAGAGUGCUUUGGAUCGUAAAUGGUGCAAAAAAGCACUAAUCAAAUUCAGAUAUGGAGAUGCAAAUUUGCUAAUUGCAUCAAAUGUAUUGGAAGAAGGUAUAGAUGUGCCAGAGUGUUCACUUGUUGUGAGAUUUGAUUCCAUUCAGAAUUAUUGUUCAUAUACACAAUCUAAAGGCCGAGCAAGAAGCAAGGAUAGUGAAUUUAUAACAUUAGUUUGCGCUGAUGACAAAGACAAAUUUAUGACAAAAUAUUAUCAAUUUAAAGAAGUUGAGAAAAAUUUAUUGCAUUUGCUAGUUGGCAAAACCAAUGAAAGAAUUGCGCCUUCUCUAGAUGAUUUUGAGGAUCCAAUUAUUCCUCCUUAUGAAACAGAUCAGGCACAAGCAACACUUUUAUCUGCAAUUUCUCUAGUCAAUCGUUACUGUUCUGCACUUCCUCAGGAUAUGUUUACUCAUCUUACAGUCAAUUACUUUCGAGAACAUAAGGUUAUAGGUAAUUUUACUAGAUAUCGUGUGAUGUUACAGUUUCCGAUUAUGUGCAAGCUACGUGAAGGAAUUAUGAGUGAUUGGAUGACUUCUAUAAAAAAUGCCAAGCGACAUGCAGCCUUAUGUGCGGUUAAACUUCUCCACGAAACUGGAGAAUUAGAUGACCAUUUGAUGCCCAUAACUAAUCGCAAACUCAAUGAAAUGAAGGAGUUGCAUGGUUACUUUGACCAUUGGUUAAGAAGUGAACCAACCCACGAUGCACAAGGAAAUUUUCUCAGUAAACCUGGAACAAGAGGACGAUUCAGACUUCAUAACAGAAUCAUACCACUAGAUUUGAAACGUUGUGGGCCUGUUGCUGACAAUGAUGUGUAUUUACAUGUUCUUGAAAUAUCUGCAGACUACAGCAAACCAUCAGAGUUAGAUAACAGAGCUUUGAAGUUUUAUAAUAUGCUCAAUUCCAAACAAACUUAUGCUUUUCUAUCUUCUAAACCAUUUCCUUAUUUGUGUGAUUUUCCACUCUUCCUGAGCGUUGGAAGAUUGCAUGUUAAGCUCCGUAUGAAUCAUGGCUUCUUGAGUUUAACAAAUAAUGACAUAAAAAGGAUAAGAUUGUUUAAUGUGAUGCUCUUUAAAGAUGUCUUACAAGUAUUAAAAAGUUUUUUGAUUUGUGAUACUUUAGAUGAAGAAGUGUCAUUAUUGGUUUGUCCAGUUGAUACAAAUUGGAAUAUAGAUUGGCAAAUUAUAGACAGUUUUCCUGAAUUAAUAAUACCGGAUGCUCCUACACACCAACAAAGAAAGGAAAUGGUUAUAGAUCCUGAAAAUUACAGAGAUGCCAUUGUUGUACCUUGGUACAGAAAUAUUACUUCUAAAACUAUAUACAUUGUUACUAGAGUGUGUGAAGAAAUGUCUCCCCUCUCGAAUUUUCCAACUGAAUCUUAUGAUACAUACAAUUCAUAUUUUCGAGACAAAUAUCACUUAGAAGCCUGUCAUAUGAAGCAACCUCUCUUAGAAGUUAAACCAUUUUCUUUUAAUAAAUUGAACUGUCUCAAACCAAGGGCUAGUAAAAGCAAGAAAUAUUUCAAUAUUGACUUGGAUAGUUCUGCAUUCGAUGAGCACCUUGUGCCUGAAUUCUGUGUGAUAAUAAAAUAUCCUGCAAUUUUGUACCUAAAAUCGGCUUUAUUACCCAGUAUUUUUCAUCGUUUUUUAUCUAUGAUGAGAGCCCGGGAGUUAAUUAAUAUUAUUAAUACAGAAUUAAAUCUCUCUGAACCAUAUUUUAAAACCUCUCCAAUUGGAUGUCGGAUAGAACUAAUGCAUGAUCCGGAAGAGCCAGAUUCUUCAAGUAAAUGUAACAACCAAGCAGUUAAUUUGGACCAAGCCAGUGAUAGUAGUUCUAAUUAUAGUCAUGAUUCAGACAUUAUGGAUUUUUUACCGAAAUUAGAUAGUAAAGAUCUUACUAACUAUGAUUUUGAAAUUCAAAAAUUAAACAAAGAAUAUGAUUGGGAUGUUUCUAUUGAACCGGUAGAUUUUCAUCGCAAUGCUGAUGAUACAUUGAAAGUUGACAUGGAUUACUAUUACAAAUUUGUAAAAAAUAAAAUUGAUGAUAAUAUUGAAACUGAGAAUAAUGUUCCUUUAGGAAUUGAUCAUCAACAAUUGGCUAUUUGUUAUGAAGAUACUGUAAUUCCUUUAGCAAUGUUAAAUGAGCACUCACAAAUUGUGGAAUUGAAGGAUAUGUUAGCUGUUCUAACAGCUAAAACAGCGAAUGAUUUAUUUGAUUUGGAACGUCUAGAAACUUUGGGUGAUAGCUUUUUAAAAUUUGCCGUAACCCUAUAUCUUGCUGACAAAUUUCGAGAUUUGAACGAAGGUCAUCUGACAAGUUUUAAAGGACAGAUUAUAGGGAACAAAAAUUUAAUGUAUUGCGGUUUGAAUAAGCAUUUGGCUGGUUAUAUGAAUAUCUAUGAAUUUGCUCCUUGUGCUGAUUGGAUACCACCUGGGUUUACCCUCUCCAAAGAUCUUAAAACAAAUUUGAUUAAUAGAGAUGUAUCAGCAGAAAUGUUAUACGGACAACAAAUACCAAAGGAAGAAGUGCUAUCUGGGGUAUUAUCUCCUCAAACUUUGAAAGCAAUGCUCACCGCACUGAACGAAAUAUGCGAGGACUCUACUGAAUCAAAUACUAAUACGUUGCAAAAUUUAGUUGGAAUGUUAAAUGUUUCUGAUAAGACCAUAGCCGAUUGUAUUGAAGCUUUAAUAGGUCAAUAUCUUUUGUCUCACGGUGUUAAUACAUGUUUAUCAUUAUUGGCGUUUUUGAAAAUUUUGCCUUACUCGGAUGAAUUAGUCCAUCUCAUGGAAAGCGAAGCGAUUCCUGCUAAAUUAAGCAAUGAAAUUACGGAAAGUGAUAUAGAUUAUUUCAUACCGGGUUACGCAACUUUGGAAAAAUCUUUAGGUUAUCAGUUUAAAGAUCGGUCUUAUUUACUUCAGGCUCUGACCCACGCAUCUUAUUCUAUGAACCGGCUCACUGACUGUUACCAGCGUUUAGAGUUUGUCGGAGAUUCUAUAUUAGAUUUCUUGAUAACAGGUCAUAUAUAUGAGCAUUGCGGUCUAUUAUCGCCUGGUGAGCUUACUGAUUUACGCUCAGCCCUAGUCAAUAAUAACACAUUUGCAAGUCUUACAGUCCGAUAUGGAUUUCACGAGCACAUAUUAUCGUUAAGCCCCAGUCUGGCCGAUUCAAUUAAUAAGUUUGUUUCAUUUCAAGAACAGAGAGGACACAAAGUAGAUUUGGAACUACUUCAUCUUUUGGAAGAGGGAGAAUGCUCCGUAGUGGAGAGUGUCGACGUUCCAAAAGUUCUAGGGGAUAUUUUCGAGUCUCUUGCCUGUGCCGUUUUCUUUGACAGCGGUAAAAAUUUGAAUGUUGUUUGGAACGUAUUCUCUAAAUUGAUGAAUAAUGAAAUCAAAAUGUUUUCGAAAAAUGUACCGAAACAAAUUGUUAGGCAAUUAUAUGAGACAAAUUGUAAGCCAAAGUUUGGGGACACUCUAUUACCCGAUAAAUCUAAAUGUGUAGCAAUUUCUUUGACAUUUAGUCACGAAGGAAAACUGCACACCGUUUAUGGCGUCGGAGUAAAUAAACAGAACGCGAAAAAAGCUGCUUCUAAAAUGGCUCUUCAAAUGAUGGGUCGUCAUUAA